UUGCGUCAUCACGUCGCGCGGCCGUGGGGACUAGAGCCCGGACUACCGCGGUGACGGCUCCGGAGCCUCCGGGUCGGGGCGGCGGCGGCGCUUCGGCUCCUCCUGAGCCGCCUGCUGGCCCCGCGCCCCACCGCAUCCCCUCGGGCGGGGGACGGGCCGGCGCGGCUGGGUGGCCCGCAGCGGAGUUGCAGAAUCCAAGGACCCCUUGUGUUCUUUCUCCAUAUUGCUUAAUGGGAGACAUUAUGGCCCCCAAAGACAUAAUGACAAAUACUCAUGCUAAAUCCAUCCUCAACUCAAUGAACUCACUCAGAAAGAGCAAUACCCUCUGUGAUGUGACAUUAAAAGUAGAGCAGAAAGACUUCCCUGCCCAUCGCAUUGUGCUGGCUGCCUGCAGUGAUUACUUCUGUGCCAUGUUCACUAGUGAGCUUUCAGAGAAGGGGAAACCUUAUGUUGAUAUCCAAGGCUUAACUGCCUCUACCAUGGAAAUCCUGUUAGACUUUGUGUACACAGAAACAGUACAUGUGACGGUGGAGAACGUGCAAGAACUGCUCCCUGCAGCCUGUCUGCUUCAGCUGAAAGGUGUGAAGCAAGCCUGCUGUGAGUUCUUAGAAAGUCAAUUGGACCCUUCUAAUUGUCUGGGAAUCAGGGAUUUUGCUGAAACCCACAACUGUGUUGACCUGAUGCAAGCAGCUGAGGUUUUUAGCCAGAAGCAUUUUCCUGAAGUGGUACAGCAUGAAGAGUUCAUUCUUCUAAGUCAAGGAGAGGUGGAAAAGCUAAUCAAGUGUGAUGAAAUUCAGGUAGAUUCUGAAGAGCCAGUCUUUGAGGCUGUCAUCAACUGGGUGAAGCAUGCCAAGAAGGAGCGAGAAGAAUCCUUGCCUGACCUGCUACAGUAUGUGCGGAUGCCCCUGCUGACUCCCAGGUAUAUCACAGAUGUAAUAGAUGCUGAGCCUUUUAUCCGCUGUAGUUUACAGUGCAGGGAUCUAGUUGAUGAAGCGAAGAAGUUUCAUCUGAGGCCUGAACUUCGGAGUCAGAUGCAGGGCCCCAGGACAAGGGCUCGUCUAGGAGCCAAUGAAGUGCUUCUGGUGGUUGGGGGCUUCGGAAGCCAGCAGUCUCCCAUCGACGUGGUGGAAAAAUAUGACCCCAAGACACAGGAGUGGAGCUUUUUGCCAAGCAUCACUCGUAAGAGACGUUAUGUAGCCUCAGUGUCCCUGCAUGACCGGAUCUAUGUAAUUGGUGGCUAUGAUGGCCGUUCCCGCCUCAGUUCGGUGGAAUGUCUGGAUUACACAGCAGACGAGGAUGGGGUCUGGUAUUCUGUGGCCCCUAUGAAUGUCCGACGAGGCCUUGCUGGAGCCACCACCCUGGGAGAUAUGAUCUAUGUCUCUGGAGGCUUUGAUGGAAGCAGGCGUCAUACCAGUAUGGAGCGAUACGACCCAAACAUUGACCAGUGGAGCAUGCUGGGAGAUAUGCAGACGGCCCGGGAAGGCGCCGGACUGGUAGUGGCCAGUGGAGUGAUCUACUGUCUAGGAGGAUAUGAUGGCUUGAAUAUCUUAAAUUCAGUUGAGAAAUACGAUCCCCAUACAGGACACUGGACCAAUGUUACACCCAUGGCCACCAAGCGUUCUGGUGCAGGAGUAGCGCUGCUGAAUGACCAUAUUUAUGUGGUGGGGGGAUUUGAUGGUACAGCCCACCUUUCUUCUGUUGAAGCAUACAACAUUCGCACCGAUUCCUGGACAACUGUCACGAGUAUGACCACUCCACGAUGCUACGUAGGGGCCACAGUGCUUCGGGGAAGACUCUAUGCAAUUGCAGGAUAUGAUGGUAAUUCCCUGCUGAGUAGUAUUGAGUGCUAUGACCCCAUCAUCGACAGCUGGGAAGUAGUGACAUCCAUGGGAACCCAGCGCUGUGAUGCUGGUGUGUGUGUUCUCCGAGAGAAGUGACCAUUGUCAGAACACCAUCCAGAGCUUGUGACCAGUCCAAAGGACAGUUUGCGGGAGAAUCAAGGAUCCUUUCCAGAAAUGUUUGUUUCUCACUCUGUGCGCAGAGUGAUUACAGGCACCAGUGCAGUGAUGAUUGUACUUAUUUGACACACACUCCCCUUUGUGCUGGUUGUUGUCCCCGAGAAGGGUAGGUAACAGAUAUCUAAGGGAGGAGAAUGCGCACUGAAUGGAUGUCAGAAACCAGACACCUCUCCCUGUGGUUUAGAGAGCACUUUCUUGUCGUUUCUAAUUACCAUGUGCUUGGGAAACUAUACAUAAGUUAUGCCUCAUAUAUUGCAGACAACUAAGGUGAGUAUGGCCUACUAGAUGUGGGCAAUAUCCAGGCUAGAUAAUUAGAAAGAUAUGAACUUGAAUAAGUUUGGUAAAAUCCAAGUGUGUGGUUUGUUUUUUUUUUCCCUAGGAACAAAUAUUCUAAUCUACAGUUAGGUAGGGGCAACACAGUUGCAUUCUGGAGGAAAACAAAAGGGAGAGCCCUAUCAAAAUUUUGGGGACCAAGGAGAGAGAUUCCUGUGACUCUCCCUCGGGGGGAACAGGGUUGGUAUAUCAGAACUGAGGUUGGAGUAAGUGAAGCAAACUGAAUUUAAUGGAAUGUGAGUGAACCUCGAACACCACUGAAGUAUAACCUGGAAGACUGAAAAAGGUAUAUUAUUUGAAGGACUUUUUAUUUCCCCAAGGUCUUUGUAGAGUGUUGAGCAUCUUGGCACUGGAGACUGAGAAAAUAACAGUACACAAUUGUUGGGAUAAGAGGAGAUGGCAUAAAUGUGGGCGUUCAGUAUACCUGGGGAUGAAUUAGCAGUACCUGUGAUUUUACAAUCGUCUUAUUCCCUGCCAGGGCUCAUCUAGCCAUGGCGGUGUUUGCUUUGAAUGGGUGAAGGACUUUCUGUGUUGAAUCAAAUACUACUACACUAUUACUGUUACACUUCCACAUUAUUUAUUUGGGGAUGGGUUGGGGUGUCAGCAGCCUAGUAGUUCAGCUACCUGAUUACUGUCCCAUUCCUUUAAGGGCACACUUCUGCUAAGGAGUGGUUUUUACUGCUGUGUUUGGUACAUUUAGUCUUUUUCCUGCUAUAAGUUUCCCUUACCUGUCCUUAGAGUGGAUUUUAUUCAUCUCAGAACAGAAUAAUCAACGACAACCAAGAUUCUUUUGUUUGUUCCAGUACCUCUGCUAUCAGCAUUUCUGAGCUACCAGUCAAGGCUUGUCUGUGUCAUGGAGUGAAAUUCUUGUUUUAUGGGUAUUGGGAGUGUGGGGAUAUGAUAAUCUAAACAAGGAUGCACUUUCCCUUUGUUCCAAAUUCUUUGUUCUGAAAUUCUUUGUUCUGAAAUUCCAUUUUUUCCUCUUUGCCUGAAUUGUACUGACCUACAGAAUUAAUUUCCUUUGUAUUUUUUUAAGAAAAUAUUAAAAGUCAACUGUCUCAAA